AUCCGACCGUUCUCAUCAGGCGCAAGAUGUGAAUGUGAAACCCAAAACACGUUUGAAUAAUAGGUGCUGAAAAUGAGUGGAAAUACUUUCACCAAAUACACAAAGUACACCGUUAAAGAGCUGGAGUCGUAUGUGGCCGAUCCAGACGCUUACGUACAAAAAAUAGAAUGGGAUGAUUUUGUUGCUGUGCUGCCAAAGUUCCUCGGAAAUAUCAGUGAAGGUGUCAGAGCAUGUCUAUUACAAAAGAUCGGAACGUACGACCGGAAGGUGGACGGAAUUAUUUUGGCUUUCAAAAAUACUAAAAUACUGAGUCCGCUGUUAGCAAUCCGUCCAAACAGCGUGCGAGUACACGUAAAGGUAAAAACAGAAUUGUACGUUUUUCGACCGAUUGGGGGAUCUGUUAUCGGAGGCACAGUUCAGUACGUUUCCAGCAACUAUCUCAGCGCGGUCAUCUACCGAGUCUUUAAUGUGACUAUCAAGCUGCAAAAACAAAAGUUGAAGAACAUCUCGCGAGGCAGUGAGAUUAAAUUUGUGAUCAAGUCUUUUGAUAUGAAGAAUGAUCUUCCGUAUAUUGAGGGUGAACUGGUCGGGAAAAUGAUCAAGACCCACCCAAAAACAAAUGGCAUUAAUGCAGCCAAACACAAAACCAACAAUGUAAAACACGAAAUGGUAUCGGACAGUUGUAGCAGUGAUCCAGAAACCACUCAGAACAUUGACGAAACUGUCACGAAAUUAAGUGAACCAGAUCCAGAUAAUCAGUUAGUGGCGUUAAAAACAGAUUCGACUAAGAAGCGGAAGCGCGAAAAAGACAAACUACACAAUAUCUUCAAAUCGGGAAUGAGAGAAUCGAUUAAAUCCAUUCUAACAAGCUUUGGGAAGGAUAUAAGUGACGCAACAAAUGAUGUUGGCGGGACUACCGAAAUGCUUUCUGAAACAUUUGUUCCUGAUUUGGAAAGCUCAACAAAUUCUAGUAAAAGGAAGAAGAAAAACCCAGAUUCCAAGAACAUGGCGCUAUUAGAAGCAGAAAUACUUCGAAAAUAUGCUAUACAGCAGGAUGAGACAGAACUUGCCAAACCAGCAUUGUUAAAUGACGAAACACAAAAAGAGCAGAGCUCAUUAAAAGCAAAGAAAAGCAAAAAGAAGAAAAAAUCGCGUUCACAAGGUGCUGAAGAUGAUUUUGAAGCGUCAAUCAUGUCUUCUAUCUUCAAAUGUGCUACCGAAGCAGGUGCCAACAUAUCCGAGCUUCUUUUGGCAAAAAAGCACCCGAAAGAACCGAGAAAAUCGGUUCGUUUUGAUGAUACAAUUACAGAAGCCUCCUUCAGUGUGCUUGAUAGUUCGGAGUUGCUGGAAAUUUCCCAGUUAAAAUCUCCGGCUUUAUCUUCGACCUUGAAAGAUAGCAAGUUAUAUAAAUAAAACUUAUUUUGAAUAAAAUUAACUAUUA